GAACACGUCUUGCCACCUGGCUGUAGCGAUAAGAUCGUGAUCGUGUGUGUGAGACAUAGAACGCAUUUGUUUUUCGUGUGAUGUGUGUCAUCGAUUUAAAAAAAACAGUGAUAUAUUUCGCGCGUAGGGAGAGAAGGAGGAAGUAGAAAAAUCUGAUGUAGAGAGAACUCCGUAGCGUGUGUCUUCGAAACCGCUCCGAAUUGUACUUUUUUUUUUUUUUUUAUGAUAAUGAAGAUUGUUGGCAUGAGAUGAAUUGAUUUGAGGAGAAUUGCGGUGGACCAUGUGUACUAUUACCAAAGUGAGAUCUUGACAAAAAGGGGAUUUAUUUUUUUUAGCAAACAAUGGCUUGCGACACUCUUAUUUGGGGGUUGCUGUUCUUGGGAUGUAGCAUACAGGCAUUAUGGGCUAUGUCCGAAGACGACCCCUUAGAAUAUAUGAACAAGGAGGAGAGAGAAGCUUUAAAGGAAGAAGCAAGGGAUAUGUUUUAUCAUGCAUACAACGCAUAUAUGGAUAAUGCGUAUCCUGCCGAUGAAUUGAUGCCAUUAAGCUGCAAAGGACGAUAUAGAGGAUCAGAGCCAAAUAGGGGUGAUAUAGAUUCUACACUGGGAAAUUUUUCACUUACUUUGGUGGAUACCCUAGAUACAUUAGUGGUAUUGGGAGAUUUGGAAGAAUUUGAAAAUGCAGUCAAACUUGUUGCUAGAGAUGUAAGCUUUGAUACAGAUGUUAUUGUUUCUUUGUUUGAAACAAAUAUUAGGAUGCUGGGAGGUCUUCUUAGUGGUCAUAUAUUAGCUGAAUACCUGCAACAGCGAGCUGACAUAAUGCCAUGGUAUAGAGGAGAGCUUCUAGAUUUAGCUAAAGAUUUAGGAUACCGAUUUUUACCAGCAUUUAAUACAACUACUGGAAUACCUUACGGCAGGAUCAAUCUAAAACAUGGUAUGAGAGGAGUUCCUAUGGAAGUAUCAAGAGAGACUUGUACUGCCUGUGCAGGUAGCAUGAUAUUAGAAAUGGCUGCUUUAUCGCGGUUAACGGGAGAAUCGAUUUUCGAGGAGAAAGCACAGAAAGCUAUGGACGUCCUAUGGCGAAUGAGGCACCGCGGUACAGAUCUGAUGGGAUCUGUACUGAAUGUAAACUCUGGAGAUUGGGUACGAAGAGAUUCCGGGGUCGGUGCUGGUAUAGAUUCUUACUACGAAUAUUGUCUCAAGGCGUAUAUCCUACUCGGCGAUGAAAAAUACCUAGGACGUUUCAACAAACACUACCAAGCUGUAAUGAAGUACGUUAGUCAAGGACCUAUGUUAUUGGAUGUGCACAUGCAUAGACCAAACACCAACUCUAAAAAUUUCAUGGACGCUUUAUUGGCCUUUUGGCCAGGUCUGCAGGUUCUUAAAGGUGACAUCAAACCUGCCGUAGAAACACACGAGAUGCUGUAUCAAGUUAUGCAAAGACACAACUUUAUACCAGAAGCGUUUACCACCGAUUUUCAGGUUCAUUGGGGACAUCAUCCAUUAAGACCAGAAUUCUUAGAAUCGACCUAUUUUCUAUACCGUGCUACAGGCGAUCAUUAUUACUUAGGAGUCGGCCGUAAAGUACUCAAGAGUCUGCAAACGUAUGCGAGAGUGCCGUGCGGUUACGCAGCCGUAUCAGAUGUUAGAACUAACAAGCACGAUGAUACAAUGGAUAGUUUUGUAUUAUCUGAGACUUUCAAGUACUUAUUUCUAUUAUUUACGGAGCCAGGAGAACUCUUUUUAGAUUUGGAUGAAUUCAUCUUUACCACCGAGGGUCAUUUACUGCCACUCACACUUGCUUCCAUACGGACAAAUAUCUCAUCUCAGGAUUUCGAACGCGAUAUCGUACACGUGGACGAAUUCGACCGUACUUGUCCAAAUAGUUUGCAUUUGUUUCCCGCAUCGGUGAGACAACCUCUGAGAAAUAUGGUCGAGGAUGUUUGCCCAAGGCGGUCGCUCAAACGAAGAUUAAGCGCGUCGCAAUUUCAGGCCAAUAACCUGGAACACCUGAAAAUGUUGAGUGAUAUGGGAAUAACGACUUUAACACUAGCAGAUGGGCGGGUUCAACUUUUGCACACGUUUUCUAAUGCAAAAACACCGCAAGAUUCGGAGGAAGGAUUACUGUUCAUGCAGGAAAUGGUCGAACUGAGUAAAAUGCAAACACAACAGCCAGAAACUAAGCCGCAAACAGUGACGUUUGUGAAACCUAAAACGGACCCGCCGGAGAAAGUUACACUACUAGCUGGACCGGCACAAUUUGGCCCUGAACUGCAGAGCUUCGAUAAGAUUACUGGAAAAGUGAUAUUCACGUAUCCGCCCGCAGCUUGCACCGAGCUGCUCAACGCGGACAAACUAGCAGGAAAGAUAGUAAUCAUGGAUCGUGGGAAUUGCAUGUUUAUAGAAAAGGCGCGAAGAAUUCAACAAGCUGGUGCGCUUGCUGGGAUAGUUUUGGAUAAUGUUGCUGGCUCGAGUGCAGCAACAUCGCCCAUGUUUGCAAUGUCCGGUGAUGGGAAAGAUGUGGAUGACGUCACAAUACCCGUCGUGUUUCUAUUUUUCACGGAAGCGGCAGAGUUAAUGAAGGCCAUUAACACAGCGAAUGGCGAUCUUACUGUCACACUUGGAAUAUAUUCUUCGAAAGAAGAAGUCCAGCUUAAAGCACCUACGGAUUUGUCGCUGUUCGAACGUGUGAAAGGAUCAUUAAGAUCAUUUCUUAGCCGACAUCUGACGCCACAGGCGACAACCACAGGAUCUAAUAUGGAUAUUACGAUUCCUGUGGUGGAAUCGCAAGAAUAUCAAGAGGAUACUAUUGACUUUCAUUACUUUCACGCGGAAAUCAUCAAAGAUUCACUUGGUGGUGAAGUAAGAAUUACCGCACCGUCCGAGGAUGCAAUUAUUAUCUUAAGGCCAGUUUCUACCCCGGUAGAAAUCUUGUGGCAUCAGUUAAAGGAAGUGUUUGUCAAUCAGAUAUUCCUGAAUAGUAAGCAAAAUAAGGGUAUACGAAUUAGGAGUUUCAUUUUGGAAAGCUACUACAACUGGGUGAACAAGGCACGAGGUGUGCUGACUAAAACGUCGCUGUCGUACAAAGUUCGCUGGUUCUUGAGCGAAUUGCUAGUGGUCGCGCCUAAUUCGUCUAUUAGGAAGAUGGGACAAUUACUAGAACUGACGAAACAGAAACUGUUGAAACAAUAUCUGCUUACAAACAUGGACACCAUGGUGCUAAAUUUAAAGACUGUGGCUACGAAAUUGAAAAACAUGAAAUCGGUAAAACCUGAUAUGGAACAGUUGCUCAAACUUUCGGAAUCCGGCAUCGCACAGGUGGAAAAUUACUCAUUCUUACGUCACUUGCUAGCGGAUCUAUUUGACGAAGAAGAUGAGAUCGUUAGCCAACACAUCGCCUUUUUAGAUCACAUUCAUGCAGAGGUACAUAUUACAUAUCAAGAAAUAUUAAUUGACGGAGUGCAAAAGCAUCUGGAGAAAACGGGAGAAGAAGACAGUUCAUAUUACGACAUACUGAUUGCUGAUCUACAAAAGAACUUGAAAAACGUGGAUAAAGGGGAAAAUUUACUCGGGAAAACCAGAGAGGAUGAUUUAGCGGUUGCGGAAUUUAUAAGCGACUGUAGUAGUGGCAAAUCGGAACUUAAAGGUAGAAAUAUCAAGGUUUUGGAUCAAAAUAUGAGGAUCCUAAAGAAAGGCAGAGAAUUGGAUAUCGAAAAACUGGAGGAUUUCGAAUAUUUUAUACUGACAGAAAUAGGGAAAGCAAUUAAACAUUCCGCGCAAAAUAUUCUACACAAAUAUGAAGGUACGAGCGAUGUAACGAAGAACGCGGUGACAGAAGGUAAAAAAGAUAAAAAUUCUGGUAAGAGUGAAAUUACUUUGCACUCCCCUCUGAAUCAAAGUAAAGGAGAAGAUAGGAAGAGUAGAGCCCGAAAUUCUCUCAAGGAAGAAAUAGACUUUUUGCGAACAACAAAAUCAGCAAAUGUAAAAAUCGAGGAAACAGUUGUUAAAGACGGGCAGAAGGAAAAGUUCGCAGACUCUACAGUAAAUAUGAAAGCCUCUAAUAUAGGAAUAACCUCUACCGAUGAAGAAAACGUGUUAUUGCAAGAAAUUCGAAAAGAUAUCAGUGACACGCAGCACAAACAGAAAACUGAUUCAAAGGCGAAAUUGUCUAAGCAGAAAAAUGUAGUUGAAAGUGAAAUCGUACCUACUGAUUUGUUAAAAGAAUUUAAAAGACCUAUAUGGGCUGUCAAUGAGGAGAAAGACUUUACAGAAUUUCGUAAAGACUCACAAGUUUCAGAGCCGCAACAUAGUGCCGUAGAAUCAAGUGAAUUAAAAUAUGAGAAAAAAUAUAUAAAUAUAGACAAAGAUAAAGAAGCUAAACCAAAAACCCAUACAGCCAAACAUAUCGACGAUGAAUUAUAACAAUAGCUUUUGAAAUUUAGGUCAAAUUAUAAUUAUUAUGCAAAAACAGAAUAUCGAUUUCCAACGGCCAUAAGGCUAUCUGCACUGCAACUGAUAUUUUUGCACUGUGAUCCAGAUGUGUGUGCAGUGAACUUUAAUGACUUUUAUAAAUACAAGAUAUUCUAGCGAAAUGCUCCAGUUAUUUGGUUAAGCUCACUUUAAAAUAUGUACAAUUCGUGACAGAGUUUAAAUACAGAGUUCAGUAUUACAUUUACGGCACAAUGCACGAAACAUCAGAGUUAGAUUUGAAAAUAUGUGUGUACAUACAUAUACAUUUAUAGAGCUUAAUAAUGUUUUGUAAAUUAUACUAAGAAACUAUUUUCUCCUUCGACUAUUGUCAUGAAUUGUCAAUAAUUUAAAGUGGAUUAAAAAAAAAUUAAGGUCGUCAGAUUGUAACGAUACUUAUAUGUUGUAACUGUAUAGAGGGAUUUCCUGGAUUCUAAACUGGUGCUUACGAAAAAAUCUAUUUCGAUUUAUUAUUCCAGGGAAAAAACGGUGAUGUUACUAUAAAAUGUAUAAAUAAGUACAUGAACAUAGCCUGUACAACACAUGUGUGUUAAAGUGGUUGUGAAGAUAUAUUCUGAACAGGGCGCUAAAACACAGAUGUACAUUUCGUAUAUUGUAGCAUGAUCUAUAUGUUAAAGCGUAUGGUAACGGUAUAUUAUUUCUUCCACAGAAACAAAUUUAUAUAUGUUUCGCGAUGAGUCUAUUCUAUAACUUCUAUGUAACAUAAUUGUAUUAUAUGACUGUAAAUCUAUGAAAAGAGCAUAAGCACUAAUAUUUAGUGAUAUACAAACUGGUAACAUCACAACUCGGAAUAGAUACAUUGUUAUUAUUCUUCUUUUGACAUUUUGUACCAUUUUACUCCAAAGAUGUGCCAUUAUUAACGAUAAUAUAUGUUUAUCUUGCAUUACUGUUUAAAAUAACAUUUAGUGUACAAGUAGACAUGUUCAAAGCAAUUCUUAAUCUACUGUGAAGGGCUAGGCAUGUUCAUUUUUUUCUCUUGAUAUUAAAGAUUAAUUUACGAAACUUUAUCCCGCCAACUCUGCGUAACGUUUCAUAUAUUAUUAGAUAAAUAAUUCUAAUUUAUGCCGAAUUAUAUGUUAUGUUUGAAACGAACCGCUGAUUUUCAAUUUUAUAUUAAACAAUAUUCAAAUUCACAUUAAAAGUGAUAUUGAACGAUAAUAUGAUACGUUAAAUAUAAAAUAAUGUAACAAUUCGGAAAAUUAUUUUAGUUGUGAUCCGUAGGUUAAGAUAUACGCCUUAAAUGUACAUAAACGUGUACAUAGAGAGAUAUGUCAGUGUAUAUAAUGUAUAAGAAAGAAAGAGAGAGAGAGAGAGAAAGAAAAGAGAGAGAAAUACUGUGUUAUAUAAAGUCAACUUUAUUAUAGCGUUGCAAAGAUAAUCAAGGAUAAGUUUGGCCUUUUGAUAACUUUCUGCUUUAUAUUUUUUUUACUUGGGAGAUCUUGUACACCAGUUAUACAUGAAUACAUUCUAUGAAAUACAGCAUUAAUCUCUCUUGUAAUAGUGUAAGAACUUGUUCUUUAAUAUUAAUGUCAGAUAAUGUGCACACAAUGUGUCCAAAUAUUUACAGCUACAUUGAUUUUAAUAUCACAUUUCAGUUAUAAACAUCUGUAUAUGUUAUAUGCUAUAUUAUAUAUAUUAAUUGUAAAUAGAAGCGCUAUAAUGUGUAUCUAACGAGUCUGCUGUUUGAUGUCGAUUAACAAUUUGCUGAUGGAUGCCAAACUGAAUAUUAUCGGAUACAUUGUACAUUAAAAUGAUUAUACCUUUCUGUAA